AGAUAGCAGACAAGAAAACAUCUUGGAAAAGAAGUCAUAGACGAUGUAGUCUCGUUCAGCAUAGCUUGCCAUCGUCACUAGUUUCAGAGUGGCAUGAUGGAAAGCACAGACGAUGAGGUCAGCAGACAGGUUCAUACUGCCAAACAUGUGUACCUGUUGAUGAAGCAGGAAUAUCGCAUCAGCAGAAACAUCCGUGCACUAUGGUUUCUGCAACAUUUGAACAGUGUCCUCAAAUACAGACCUCAGAAGGAAUUGAGUGAUGAGACAGAAGAAUUGAUGGUGCUAUCUGUGGUACCUUGUGAUGAAGCAUUACAAGUGGAGCUGGACAGAGAGUACCUGUUCAGGAUAACACCUGACACCAUCAUUACCUUUAUAUCACGCCGAUAUCGUUUAGUGUUUGCUUUGGACCUCAGCCCUUCAUCAGCAUCUGUGGAUAUGUGUUCUGGGGAGGUGUUGUAUGAUGAGGUGCUCACUACCCUUCACAACUGUCUCACUGGCCUUGUUCAACCAUUAACACUACCCAGCAGUUUUCUGGUGCUGUCCCCACAGAUUUAUGUCACUGUGAUUGCCUUGACACCAUUGUUAAACUGUUCCACAAACAGGGUGCUUGCCCAGGGAAUGCUUAUUACCAAAGAAAAUGUGGAGGAAUUUCUCAAAGAAGCCAGGCAGAAGUUGAUAAACUUUGAAACAAGCUUAGUUCAAAACUUUAGUAAAGUACUCCAGAGUGAUGAUUUCUUGGAUCAUGAUGGUGUCAGACUAACUGGGGGACUGUUUUCUGAUAUUGUGGAGCAGCCUAUCUGUCCUGUACCACCUGACAUAAUGACCAGCCCAGAACCUUACUUUGUCAACAUGCUGAGAUAUGGGAUCCUAGCUCUACAGCUCUUACCAGAGAACACAAGUGCUGGUGUAAUUGUGAUCACAGAUGGAAUGGUGGGUCUGCCUGAUGCAACAGUAUUUGAGUCUCUGAUGGUUCAGCUGAGAAAUGGGACGAUUGCUUGUUCCUUCCUGCGCUUGGGUAACAGUCGAAGUGACAGCUGUCAGCUUGGACACAUCCCACAUGUUGAGCUAUUACAGUUCAUAGCCACAGCCACGUUUGGAGCCUAUUUUUCUACCUGUCCUAAUGUGUCUGGAAGUGAGCCAUCUAUGAAUGUCUACCACCAAGCAUUUUUUUGCUGGAACUUCCAAAAAGGGUUGGAUGGUUUCAAGAUUGAAGACCUGUCCAAUAAAAACGUGGAUGAAUUAACAGAAGAUCUCGCUUGGAGCAAAAGACCGUGUGUGCCCAGUUUACAGGGCCCAAAGUGGCAGAACCUAUCCCCUGUGGUGAGGAAGAAGCAUGUGGAGACCCCGCUGCACACAUCCAUCUCGAGCGUCAUGUCUCUGAGGCUCCGCGAGGGAUACACUAUCAAGGAAAUCCUUGUCACUAAAGGUGGCACAGAGCUAGUGGUCACAUUGGUGCUGCCAUGGAGAGAUUUUGUCAGAAUAGAAUAUGUGGCCUCUUCCAGCUGGCCCUUAGAUAGUUCCAACCUGGUCACUCAUACAGAAAUCAUUUUAGAGGGUAGCUACGAGUUCCUACAUGAUGUCACAUGUCCAUUGAAGAAGCCAUUCAGAAGUUUGUACAGAACUGCUGUUGUCAAGAAGUUCUGGCAAACUCUACAAAGUAUAUCCCAGACUGACCAACUGUUGGUUCAUUUGCAAUCUUUUGCAUCUAACCCAGUGUACUACCACAUCCCAGACAGUAUCAAGAAUGGAGUGCCCUUGUUCUAUGUAAACCCCAGUUCUGUCACACCCUACCUCUCACUACAACAUAGCUCCAAAGACACUGCCUUAUCUCAGUUUGCGGCCUUCUGGAAGCCAGUCUUCAUGUUGGACACUAACAUCUGGCAGAAGUGGAUGCACACUCAUAGGAUAGGGAUCAUCCUGGAGCAUGACCGACCACUGCCUAAAUACCUGCACAUCCCCAACUCUAGUCGCCGCUUCAACUCCAUCCAGUGUCGCCAGGCUGUCAGCUCCCUCAACGUCAUGCUCAGGGAUUGGAGCAGCUUUGUACUGGUGGAAAACUACUCCUAUAUAAAACUGCUGCAGAGUGAUUGUGACAAGCCACCCACCUCUUUCUGUCUGCUUCGUGUCUCCUCCAAGCCACCCUGUAUGGUCCUAAGACUCGCCUUCAUUGGAGGGACACCAGGCAGUGAGAGGAACCAGUUCACCGAAGAACUGAGGGAGAAGGUGCUAUCGUUGAAGUUCCCACAGCGGGGCACGCAGAAGCUUGAGAAGUCGCAGCGCACAGAACAACCCCCUGAGGAACAAGACAAAGCUGAGGUGAAGGCCAGGAAACCCCCGCUAAUGAGGGAAUGGGCAGAGAUACAGUGCUGUGUGCUUGUUACCAAACCUGUGGAGAAAGUGCUCAUUCGAUAUGAGAGAAUUCCCAGAGACAUGAUGAGUUUAGAGGACCCCAGGCAGGAGAUAAAUGCUGCUGGUUCACAGAUAGCCAGUCCUAACAAGACAGUGGCCAACAUGUUCAUGAUGCUGGCCAGGUACCUUCAUCACCAGAGAUGGGUGUGGUCAGUCCAGCAGAGCAGCUCCACCUCGGUCAGCAUGCAGGCCAUCAGCAAGAUCCUCUCUACACUUGCCAAAAUUCGCCUUCAGGAGGGCUUCCACUUUGCCAUGUCAAACAUGGGUAUCGUCACGAUGGUGCUGGAGGUGGAUAUGAAGAGGGGUGGUGAGGUGACAGACUCUACUGAACUGGGCUCAUGUAUAAUACAGUAUGUGAUAUUUCCACCAUAUACAAAGACAAGCAGAGGAAGUGUGUCAGAAGAUGAUCUUGAGGAGAUGGAGACCACAGAGGCUGACGGAGAACUUCAGAUUGUCACAGAGUGCUGGGUGGAGCCGCAAAGUGGCACAGUUGUCAACAGCACGCCCGAAAGGCUCUACAUGGACGGGUUGCACUUCCAGGACAUCUCCAGUCAGUUUUAUCCCAUUGACCUUGAGUGUAUUGCUUGUUUGAUAACAUUCCAACACUUGGUCACCGUCUGUCAGUGUUUUAACCUGACAUCUCCUGAUGCUCAGCUCCCUAUCUAUGCCAGCACACUACCCAGUGACUUGCCCAAUGCACACCCCAGGAGAGCCUCAGAGACCCGAGAGACGGACGGGUCAGAACCCUCCAUUUACCACACACCCUUUCCAUUUGACCUGCUCUCCUUACUUCCGCGAUGUCAGCAGGCUGAACUUUUGUUUUCCACCUACUGGUGUGCUGACAGCUCUGAUACCUUUCUAAACCGAAGGACUGUAAAUAACCUUCUCUUCAACUUGCUUUUCGAAAAGUUCAAACUUCACCAUGACAAGGAAGUCAUUCUUUCCAACAAUGAUCGCUUCAACUUUAUUAAGCUGAUCACAGAUCGAAAGCGAGACCCAAUUGCUCAGCCUUAUCCGUUCAAGUUCGCUGAAGUGUUUGCUGUUGUUCCCAGUGAAGUUGUCAUUGUUGAAUCAGCUGAGGUACAAGAACAAGAUCUACUGGGAACGGGCGCAGAAGGUAUCCAGUCAGAGGUGUCAUCCACAUCAGAGACUGUGAAGGAUGGAGAGAAGGAGUCUCUGCGUGGAGAGUCUGACAACUCCAGUAAGGACACAGGCACCCCUGGACUUGACAAAUCUGAUCCCGACAGUGAUGUAAGAAAGCUUGAUGCUCCCAACUGGAAGUGCCUUGUUAAAGUGGACUCCACGAAUCACCUUAUUCUUACGUUUGUCCCUGCUAGCUAUGACGACCUGGCCCUGUUGAACCUGCUUCAGGUGGAACCUGAGGUAGAGGGGGCUGGGGAUGAAGGUGAUGUGGAGCCUGGGGGUCAGAGUGGGCUUCCUGGGGCCCAGGACCAUGAUGAAAGACACCCAGGCAAUGACCCAAUCUCUGACGAACACCCAGAGGGGUCCACUGGUGAUGACCUUCACUCAGACUACUCCCUGUCUUCUCGUAAGCAGAAGAAUAGUUCAUCUGUGGAGGGGGACUUCAAAGCUGCCAGUAGCACACGGAUCCACCUGGAGGGCUCCCCAGGUCCCUGUGUACAGUUCCCCAAAUUCUCCAUCCCUGUUUAUGUCUACGAUUGCUACCUCAGCAAUCUCACCAACUCGCUGGUCAACCGCUGGAGCUUCGAGACCUCCGAGGACAUUUUUGAAGACCUGACGUUUCCGUCGGAUCUGGAUGUGAGUGGAGCAGUGCCGUUGAGCCCGCGUGUGAGAAUGGCCUCUCAUGAAAUGGAGGCAAUGCCGGACUUUGACCGGGAGGAGUUGCAGGACACCGUCAAGGAGCGCUGGGCAAUGUCCUUGGACAGGAGGUCUACUGACAGUGCCUCGGACUUCCACGGCGCCCUCUGGCAGCACUGCACAGUGCUAGGAGAAGACUACUUCACCAGCUAUGUCACAGUAUUCCUGUACACAAGGUAUUCUUUGGUUGCAGGUAUCUUUAAAAACCUUCAACUGGGUCAUUAUGUGAGCCAUGAAGAUGUAGAAUCUGCCAUCAGUAACAUCUGUGAGGAAGCCCUGCCCCUGGAGGCUGACAUGACCUGCUUCCUAGAGACCUGCUGUGGUCACCUUCUGAAGCAGAUUGAGGUCUGUAAGCUAGAGGGGAUUCCUCCUGCUGACACCCUGGAUGGACAUCAUGGCAAAGCCAGUGUGCGCUUCGCGGACAUCCCUGGUGACACAGACAGUGCAAGCAUCAUGGUGGAGAGUGGGGACACAUUUAAAGGCGCAGCGCCUGAAGUACUACUUUUCCCCUCUGGUGCUUCUAUCAAGGUGACCCUGCCUGACCCACAGCACAACAGCCCAUGUGAGAUGACAAAGGGCCUUCAUCAGUACAUCAAGCAUAAGUUCUUAGACAUCAUUAAGCUCUGGUUCAAGCCGAUCCCAGCUUACCCAGAUUAUUAUUACUAUAGUCCAGAACAAGAUAUGGAUGUGAGCUUCCACGUUGAUGUGGCAGAAGCUCCAGAAGUGGAGUCUGAUUUUGGAGCAGAGGUGAAUGUAGCCGACAUCCCAGAAGAGUACAGUGACUUUUUCCAGUCUGACUAUGAGGAAGCGGCGGCAGCCAUGGACAAGCCGAGUCCAGUUCACUCAGACGGGGAGUUCUCCACAAUGUCAAAUAAGGGCUCGCUGUCCACUGGUUCGGUACCGUCAGACGAUGACCUUGACAGCAUGAACGAGGUGGAGAACGCUCGGAACAUGCCUCUCUUCCUUCACUUCACCUGUACUGUGAAGAGCAAGCGCACUCAUCACCAUGUAUCCCUGCAACUGCUACCAACAUGUAUAGCCGAUCUUUCAAAGGGCUUGGAAGAGUUGAAGGAAGUCGACCUUGGGGAUAUGAAGAUAACCUUUGACUUGAACUGUUUGACCUUGCCCACUGAUGCUGAUUUCUCUUCCCUGCCCCGCCGGCCCAAGUAUGUGAGGAUGUCUUCACAUACCAGUGCCUCACCCCCCCAGUCUGAUGUAGAGGGGGAGGAUGCUGUCAGUACAACAACAUCACAUGAUGCGUUUCAAUUUCGAGGAAUUGAUCCCAUCAGCCAUUUACCAAAGUUUCAGAAAAAAGCUGUGGAAAACUGUAAGAAAGAGAUUGAAUGGUUGCUGAGAGAUGAGGUGACGUCUUCAUUACGUCAUAUCUACCCUGUGACGGCUGCCAACCUUCAGCUGGUCGCAGAUCAUGUGAAGGAGUCUAAGGGCAAAGUAGCCUGUGUCACAGAAACUAUACCACUCAAGUUUGUCUUUGGACAGGAACAGAGUCUGCCACGAUUUGUUCAGGAACUAGAGAAGAUGAACAUUGAGGGAUAUCGUGUCAUGAAAGAAGAGCAGUUCUAUUUUAUUGUUGUGGACAGGGCUAGACCCCGUAACUGGGGGCACACCCUCAAUUCUAAUGAACUCAACUCCAAACUGGAAGAGCUGAGCAGAGAGUGUUCUCCUGCCAAGGAGGUACAUAGAUUCAGCACUGAGUCAGACACUGCUACCCCCUAUAAACCCACAGACAAAGAAAGGGAGGUAAGUCAGAUUGUUUCUAGUCCUGAUGCUGUGUUCCUGGCAGAUGAUGUAAGCAUAGGUAAGGGAGACCAGGGGCUGGACAAACUGUCACGAUCUCUUGGAUUCAAACCCGUGGAGUGCACAUCCAAGCAGUCCAGCGAGAGCCCUGAGACAAAACAGGGCCCUCCACAGGGCAGAAAGUCUGCUGUUAACCUUCUGGAAUCUGUGGAGGCCAUUGAGAGGGAUUCACUGCGAGACUGUGGCCCAGGGAGCCAGGCCACUAUCAAGUCCUGCUCCAGCAUGGUGAAUGUACAGCCAACAACGUCCUAUCCAAUUACAACAGCCGUGUCAUCGGAGCAAUCAGGUGUUCUCAAGCGAUCCUCCAGUUUCUCAGGGUUCACCAUGGAGGGUCAGGCUGUCCCUCUGGAUACCACGCCGGAAAGAGUGACCAAGGAAGGUGACUCCCCUAACACCAUGUUGAAGAGUGUGGCUAGUGCACCCCAGAUGGCUCUCCACUCACGGGUACGGCAUUUCUCAGGGCCUUCAGGACCAGGCACACCCCUCAGUCGCACCUCCACCCGACCCCAAACACCCUCGUGGGUGUCCUCAACUGGCAGCUACACAGAAGGAGGAUAUGAGGGUGGGGCCAGUGAUUCAGGUAGUGAUGAUGAUGAAGUGAUAUCUGCCAGUGGAGUCACCGUCCAGUCUCCUCUCGUCAUCAACUUCUGGCUUCUCAUACAAGUACACUCUGACAAAGUGGAAGUAUUUUACCAUGCCAGGGACUCUAAAACACCUGAGGAUGAUGAAACUGUUCAUCAAAAAGAGGUUCUGUCAUGUGUCAUUGACAAACUAAAGGAGUUCUGCAGAGUUGUUAACCAGCACAUGCUACUGCUGAACUUGUAUGAGACCCGGAUGUGUAACCUGCUACUGGUGCCAGAGGCUGAUGAGGAUGUCACAUGGAAACGAGACUCCAUCACUAAGCUCAAGCAACAGCCCUCAGCUCAUGACCUGGAAGAGGAGGAAGAAGACACAUCGAGGAACCAGGCUUGCCUCAUGGACACCCUUAAGCUAAAGCCAGGCUUUUUUGCCUGUGACCCUGUUCUGAAGCAUCACUUUCUCCUGCACCCUCGCAUCAAGACCGGGCCCACAAGAGGCUCGGGCACCUCCAGAGGUGUUCAAGUGUUACGGGCCAGACUCAAUACUUUCUCUGUCAACAACCGGAAGAACAUGUUUGUGAUUCGGGAAUCAGUAACAGAAAAUGUCUUCUAUCUCAGGAUAGAAGACUGUGUGUUAGGGGUGGCUGAUGGUUUACUCAGCGAGGCCAGUGGGACGACCAGGGAGAAUGAGGAUGCUGUGUCGGGGAGUUCUUCAUUGAGGUCCCUGGUCAUCUCUGGGAGUACCGUGCGAGCCAGCUCCAGCAGGCUUACUCAGGAUGGAGAGGAUAGUGAGACAACCUCAGGGGAGAAGGAGGCUGACAGCAUCUCUGUGGGGUCGUUUGGAAUCAUGAGGCUAGAUUCCAGGCAUGAGGAGUGUAUAGAGUUGUCUGUCCAUGGCAUAGCACAACCAGGUGCUGAAAUCCGUGAGUUGAUACAGAUUUUACAGAGAAGACUGGACGAUGCUGUGUUAGAUAUGAUCUCACUUAUGCUCUUUAGAAAUCCCAUGUGUAAACUGACCCCAGAAGAUGUUCAUUUUAUCCAGCAGAUUGGCCAGGAACCUAAUACAGAGCUGUUAUUGACAGUUCCCAGCUCCGCCUCCAUGGAACUCUUCGCUCUUAUGUACUAUCUCAGACAGAAUCUACAGCAGUUCCUGCACGUUCCCAACUACACGGACAACAAGGGAGACAACCAUUUCCAGGACACUGUGGAGGGUCACUCAGUGGCUAUCCCAGAAAGUAGUGUGUUUUUGUACAACACACCUCAAGGUGCUGGAGGCAAAGGAAUUGCCUGUAUAAGCCUGGCGUUAGUGGAUGGGCAGCAGAAGCUGAAGCACCUGGUUGGUUGUAGCAAGCCCUCGCCCACAGCUUACAUGGAGUGGCUCGAUAAGGGCACACUGGACCAGCUUGUGGAGACCUGUGUUUAUCACCCAGAAGAAAAUGGCUCAAAACCAGGCCCCACAGCACUGAUUCGAUUCCGUAUUUGGGCCCGGGGUCAGGUUGACGUCAAGGGCCUAGUAAAGCGUCUGACGGAGGCUGUGUGCCACGCCCUGUGUGACAUUGUCAUGGAGUACCGUCUGCUGACUACACCUAUCUGUGAGGCUCCAAUGGGAGUAGAACUGGAGGAAGAACUCAAAGCUUGUCAUCAGUCUGACACUGUCUCCCCUCCCAGACCUGUCACUGAAGGGCGGGAUCGUGAAAGACGCAUGUCAGGUGUGAGGACAGUUGAUCAGGGGAGAUCACCCAACAAACAGUGGGCACCACCUCCAUCCCCAUUCCAAUCGUUGUUUUCAGAGUUCAAGAAGAAGACGCGUUCUCCCUCAGCUAAAGAAAGCCCUAGGACGUUUGAGUUCCCGUCUACCUUCAGUGGUGGGGCGUCUGUGGGAAUGGGUGGGGUGUCAUGGCAGGAGGUGGACACCACCCACCAGCAGGACUGGGACCUAAGGACACUGGUACAGAAGUAUGAGUCAGGGGAGAGGGGCAGUCUGAGCGUCAAACACUGGACAAAUUUGGUGGACUGGAUGGAGUUGUGUGCUCAGAAAGGUUGUCCCUCUGUACAGAAAACUCAGGCUGCUGUCUUAUCUAGGUUUUCUGUAGACACUGUCUUACGAGAGAUCCAGAACUCGGUGACCCAGGUCUCCUCAGAUGUAAAGCCUGUGCUGUAUAAGCUGUCCCGCUGUGAGAGAGAUGGCCAGUACUCUCGUGGUGUGCCUUAUAGUGUUAGCAGACAGCCAGUUGUGGCGUCUGACCCAACACAUGAGUCUUCCACCGACCUGUCUGGCGGACUGAUAACUAGUCCAGGACAAGAAAACAGCUAUCUGAUGAUUGGCCGAAAUCACAACCAGUGGAAAUCCUGCUUAGAUCUGUCUUUGGGAUUUGAGGCCCCAAGUGAGCUUUGCUCCAACAUGUCGUCCAGUGCAGCUCACAAGAAAUAUUUGAAGUUUCCACCAUACGAAUUGGUUGAGAAUCCCGAUCGUCUUCCUGCAGAGGUUGAGAGCUGUGCAGAUUUGUCAGAGCCAGUCUGUGUCCCCAGACAGCGUCUACUGGUCAUUACUGUGAAGCAGAAAGAGUUCUGUCUGUACACAUACAACUGGGCAGGAGACCUGACGUCCAUGCUGAGUCGGCUGUUCAGUCGGCUGGUACAGUGGCACAGUGCCCGCUCUCAUCUCCUCCACAACCUCAUUCACCAGAAGAUGGGCCUAUUCCACCACCAUAGUCUUACAGAGCCUCCUCCAGCACAGAGCCAGAAUUGUUUCAUACAGCAGAAUAUGGAGAUUGAACUGUUGAUCCGGUCAUCAACACCGCCGUCUCGUGAACCUCAGAGACGACAGACAAACUCCAUGCAGGCCUCAGGGGGAGCAAGUCAUGCCCACCUGCGCAUCUACCGUCCGUUUGAUGAGAGCUACAAUGGCUUGAAGCCUCCUAAGCCACUUCAUCGCUCAUCGUAUGGGACAACUCGAGAUCCUGUUACUAGACACGGGUUACAGGCGCAGGACAUUCGCAACCAUGAGCGCAGAGAUACUGAGCGAGCCAUCAGACUUCAGAAGCUGUACCAUGAGUGGCAUCAGAGACCUGGAUCAAAUUUGCCAAUAGCUGAAGAUUACCUCAGUGUGUUGAAACAUGCCUCACGCCUCGUCCACUACUGUGCCACCCCACUCCUCUUGAGCCCCAUCUCUAGACGAAAAGCCAUGGGUAGACGUGAAGUAGAGAGGCCUCAGAGUGUGCCUGUUACCUCAGCUAGCCUGGAGAAAACAGAUACCAAAUCGAGAUCUCGUCAUAGCUCUGGGGCCUCAGUAUCCAGCAUGAAGGGCAAACGGUUUGAAGGUCAGGAUGACAAGCGACGGUCUGCCCCCACCCCUACCACAGAUGCUCCCAACGCCCAUCAUGAAGAGCAGAGUGAGGAGCCGUGGCAUGUGGAGCUACGCUCCAGCUUCAUCACCCAGUACAUUCAGUACCUACAGUCCAUGGGCUUCAUGCAGGUGCAGACCCGACCUGCCUCACCCAGGCGCGGGUCAAGGUCAUCCACAAAGAGGUCAGAGGACAUAUCUGAGGAGGAGGAAAAGCAGAAGAAGAGAAGCAUGUUGACGUGUUUACAGAAGACGUUGCCAGGAGGUAUCAUGCUCAUGGAACUCAACUACAGAGAUGUCUACUUCUGCGUCAAACUCUUCGCCUAUGACUGUAUCCAGCUGCCCCUGGGCAUCAGUAUUAACCCCCAGCAUCAUCUAUGCUUUGUGGAUGAGUGUGACAAGUACAGAGACCUGAUCCAUGUCCAUUCCUUCGCCCAUGACUUCCACCUGCGCUGUAUCCAGUCUUAUAUCCAAGGCAGACAGUAUGAGUUUAAGACAGGCUACAAUCUGGCUGGCUUCUUGGCUGAUUUCUAUCACAUCCAUCCCAACCCACCUAGCUUCUCCAGAAACUACCUGAGGGAGAGUACAUUGAUGUUCACCAAUAUGAAUACUUCUGGAGAUCAGCUGUACAGUUACAUGGUGGAACAUGCCAAACUCUAUGACAUGAAAGCUGUCAAAAUGAUCAUCUCCCCUUCGGACAUGGAGCCAGACUAUGAGGUGGUGAAGGAGACACAGCAAGCUCUGGUUUGUCAGAACUUCCACAAGAUCAGCUGUGACCAGAGUGACGAUUUGAGACACAAAAUAGAAGAGUUUGAUGUGGGCUUGGUGAUUGUGGCUGAGGGUCACACCAUGUUACAGGAGUUAGAGCAGCAGUUUGACACAAACGCUCUGCGACUGCGCUUCUACGUGAUCAUGACCAGCCGGCGAGACCUCUUCCCACGAUCCCAUCUGGACAGGAGACUGGGCAUUUUCAAGUCGUCAGGAAAUAAAGCUCAGUCAACAGAAAAAAACUUUGUAGUUGUGGGUGGUAGCCCCUUACCCUAUAGCGAAAGUUUGACAGAUUUGAGUGGAUUGACAUCAGAGGUGGCCUCCACCCACCCCAUGAGGCAUCAUAUCGGCAUACGGCAAGAGUCACUCAAUUACCUGGGAGUCUCAAAUGUUGAAACGCCUCCAGUGAUGCCCCUGCUGAAGGAGGAAUUAUUGGCAGCAGAAGUGAAGAUAAAGAAUAUGGUAGACAGCUCCAUGACCCUGUGUCGGCGUGACCUUCUGUGGGACAGGUUAUUCUGGGGCGGAGACAGUGGUGAGGAGGAUAGCAAGAGGAAGAAACGCAGCGACACAGACGACAGCAAAUCUUUUAGCAAGCUAUCCUUCCUUGAAUUCUCUGAACUGUUGUCAAUGGUAACCAAGUGGCCAUUACGUAACCUUGACGAGCGCCUAGUUGCCAUGGAGACUAUGAGUUUGCCUUGGUACCACAGUCUUGCUCAACUUUUGGUCACCAAAAACCCUCAGAACCAUCGUCAGUUUUACAGCCAGGACGGGACGGUACAGUUUGUGGCUUUGAUCAACCCAUGGGCUAAUGUGCGUAGGCUGGAGAACUUCAUGCUGCUACAUGUAGAUAAUCAGAACCACAGAGCCGAGCUGUGUGUGGUGUUCAGAGAGGUGGGUAUCAAUGAAGACCUUUCCUCACAGAUUCUCAGCCUAUCAAAUGUCCAGAGCUACAUAGAGGGCUUCAUCAGUACCUGUUGCUUUCACCUCUGGUCCAGCUUGCUAGCAUCAAACUGAGUUUAGUACUGUGUGAGACUGUGCAAGGACUGGUUACAUGCCUUCAUGUAAGAUGACAUUAAAUUUUGCAAUGUAUAGUCUGAUGUUAAUAUACAUUACUUGUAUCCUGUACAGGUUUAUGUAUAGUCAGCACUAUAUACAUGUACAGCUCAGUCAGUUUUGUUCAAUCCUCUUAAAUCCUGUGCCCAUCGCUGCCUGUGAAUACACGGAUGAUGGUGAUAAGCCCAUGUUUGAAAUUGAAAGUCUUAGUUUCAAGGAAUACUAUAUUCAAGACAUGGAGCUGUGUGGUGAGAAUACUAUAAAUAAGACCUCCCAGAUAAAAUAGAAGGCCAUGGCAUUGGGAUAGAUUUAUACAAGUUCAUCAUGAUUAUUGCCUGCAGAAGACAUAGAGACUAGUGUCAUUUCAUUAGUUGUGAAAGGGCCACAUAAUCAUCACAGUUUUACAGGAAAGUAGAAAUAUUUGACUCUAAACUGACACUUGAAUUUCAUGCCAGCUGUAUAAUGUCGUAAAAUGAUAUGCUGAUCGUAGUUUCAUUGGCCGAACAUCAUCUGCAUGUAUGGUGGCUGGAUGAUGCACUGAUAUUGACAGGAAAUU